AUCCACAACAGAUUUAGCGGGACUAACCCCUGGCUCGGCCAUCGGGAAGGAAGGCAGGCGGCUUUGAACAACCGGGCGGAGGCUCAACGAUGCGUCUGUCUCUCCAUCAUCGCAUGCGCAAUACAAUCAUUCACGCCUGAUUGCACUUUCAGCAUUACCAGUACACCGACUGUUACAUCCUUUUUAUUGCAACACGAUUCGAGACCAUGGGUGCUCUACUCUCGCUGCCGCUGCUAGCAGUGCCCAGUAUGGGGACCGUUUUCGGUUUCAUGGCAAGCUGCUGCGGUGCGGCUACAUGCUCUGCAGUAUGCAGUGCUUGUGGGAAGUGUGGUAACAGCGUUGCCACUCGAAUUGCCUAUGCCCUCAUCCUCCUCGUCAACUCCAUUCUCUCAUGGAUUAUGCUCACACCGUGGGCCAUCAAUAAGCUACAACACUUGACUCUGGAUUAUAUGACGAUAAGUUGUCCGGAUGGACCAUGUUAUGGAUGGGUUGCGGUACAUCGAAUCAACUUUGCCCUUGGCGUAUUCCACAUCAUACUCGGUUUUAUCCUCCUCGGCGUCAACUCUUCCAAGAAUCCUCGCGCGGCAAUUCAGAAUGGAUUUUGGGGUCCUAAGAUCAUUGCCUGGUUGGCUUUGAUUGUCGUCUCCUUCCUCAUUCCCGAAUCAUUCUUCUUUGUAUGGGGAAACUACAUCUCUUUCUUCGCCGCAACACUCUUCUUGCUCCUGGGCCUGAUCCUCCUAGUCGACUUGGCACACUCCUGGGCCGAAUACUGCUUGGAUCAAAUCGAAGCGUCGGAUUCCCGAGCAUGGAGGGGCGUUCUUAUUGGAUCCACCCUCGGCAUGUUCGCUGCGUCGCUGGCAAUGACCAUCGUUAUGUACGUCUUCUUCGCCAAGGGAGGUUGCACCAUGAACCAGACCGCGAUCACCCUCAACUUGAUCUUCCUCCUGAUUGUCUCCGGGAUAUCUGUUCAUCCUUACGUACAAGAGGGCAACCCGAAAGCAGGUCUUGCCCAGUCGGCUAUGGUUGCAAUCUACUGCACAUACCUCACUAUGUCAGCUGUAUCCAUGGAGCCGGAUGACAAGAAUUGCAAUCCUCUCAUCCGAGCUCAGGGCACGCGAACAACAUCCAUCGUCAUUGGUGCUAUUGUCACUAUGCUCACCGUCGCCUAUACCACGACCAGAGCUGCUACCCAAGGAGUCGCUCUUGGCGGCUCUGGAAAGAGUGUCAGACUCCCUAAUGAGGAUGAGCACGAUCUCGUGACUCAACAACCAGACAGCCGCCGUGAGAUGCGCGCUGCGGCUCUCCGCCAAGCCGUUGAAGAAGGAAGUCUUCCAGCCGAUGCCCUAGACGAUGAUGACGAUGACAGCGACAGUGGGAAUACCGCCAAGGACGACGAGCGCAACUCAACACAAUACAGCUACGCCCUCUUCCACGUCAUCUUCUUUCUCGCUACUGCCUGGGUGGCUACUCUCCUUACCAUGAACUUCAAAGAUGACUCAACGAAGGAUGUUGAGGACUUUGCGCCAGUUGGAAGAACAUACUGGGCAAGUUGGGUUAAGAUUGUUAGUGCGUGGGUCUGCUAUGGUAUCUACACUUGGACACUCGUUGCACCGAUCGUUCUCUCGGAUCGAGAAUUCGCUUAAGCGGACGGAUGAAUAGGGGUUUCCUUAUGUUAAUUGUAGUGUUAUAGUAGUGAUUACUGCAUUUUCGAGGCUAGGCGUUAUGCAUGCAUGCUAGGUUAGGCUAGAACAUGGGACAGAUUGAAUACAAUCAAAUAAGGAUAUUCUUG